AUGGCGACGGGGACUCAGCAGAAGGAGAACACGUUGCUUCACCUCUUCGCCGGCGGAUGUGGGGGCACAGUUGGUGCUAUUUUCACUUGUCCACUAGAAGUCAUUAAGACAAGGUUGCAGUCCUCAAGAUUAGCUCUUCGGACAGUCUAUUAUCCUCAGGUUCAUCUGGGGACCAUCAGCGGAGCUGGGGUGGUGAGACAAACGUCAGUGACGCCUGGACUCUUGCAGGUUCUGAAGUCAAUCUUGGAGAAGGAGGGACCAAAGUCACUUUUUAGAGGCUUGGGUCCAAAUUUGGUUGGAGUUGCACCAUCAAGGGCUGUGUACUUCGCCUGCUACUCCAAAGCCAAAGAGCAGUUCAAUGGCGUCUUCGUGCCAAACAGCAACAUCGUGCACGUUUUCUCGGCUGGUUCUGCAGCUUUUGUCACGAAUUCCUUAAUGAACCCUAUAUGGAUGGUUAAAACCCGGAUGCAGCUAGAACGAAAAGUGCGAGGCUCCAAGCAGAUGAACACGCUCCAGUGUGCCCGCUAUGUUUACCAAACGGAAGGCAUCCGCGGCUUCUACAGGGGAUUAACUGCCUCGUAUGCUGGGAUUUCGGAAACCAUCAUCUGUUUUGCUAUUUAUGAAAGUUUAAAGAAGUAUCUGAAAGAAGCUCCGUUAGCCUCUUCUACAAAUGGGACUGAGAAAAAUUCCACAAAUUUUUUUGGACUUAUGGCAGCUGCUGCUCUUUCUAAGGGAUGUGCCUCCUGUGUUGCUUACCCCCACGAAGUCAUCAGGACGCGGCUCCGGGAGGAGGGUACCAAGUACAAGUCUUUCGUCCAGACUGCUCGGCUGGUCUUCCGGGAAGAAGGUUACCUGGCCUUUUAUAGAGGACUCUUUGCCCAGCUCAUCCGGCAGAUACCAAAUACUGCCAUUGUGUUGUCUACCUACGAGUUAAUUGUGUACCUGUUAGAAGACCAUGCUCAGUAA